AUGCAGCAGAAAUCCGCUCGUCUUCAAGAUCAGACGCCAACCGGUACUCAAUUGCAAUAUAUCAACAUAGAAAUGUCUGCGUGGCAAAAGGCUGGAAUCUCCUUCAACAAGUACUUGGCAAUUGCUGCCAGAACUGUCCAAAAGUCGCUGAAAAAUGAGUUCAAGGUGGCUGCUGAGAAAAGAUACGUUUCCGAAGCUAAGGUCCAAAAACUCGAGAAGGGAAACAUUGUGUCCACCACCGACUUGGGUGUCAACAAGACUGCUUAG